ACCCGGAAGCGGAAGGGGCAUUUCUGAGGUCGGUACUUCCGGGGCACUAGCAGAGUGCGGGAUUCCGGGCCCGAGAGCUGCUGGCGGAGCCGGGACUUCGCGUGAUUCUCGGAGCCCGAGGAGGAGCGGCGUCUGUGGCCAUGGCUGUGACUCUGGACAAAGACGCGUAUUAUCGGCGAGUGAAGAGACUGUACAGCAACUGGCGGAAAGGAGAAGAUGAGUAUGCCAAUGUUGAUGCUAUUGUUGUGUCAGUGGGAGUUGAUGAAGAAAUUGUUUAUGCCAAAUCAACUGCUUUACAGACAUGGCUCUUUGGUUAUGAACUAACAGAUACUAUAAUGGUCUUCUGUGAUGAGAAAAUCAUCUUCAUGGCCAGCAAGAAAAAAGUGGAGUUCUUAAAACAGAUUGCCAACACUAAGGGCAAUGAGAAUGCUAAUGGAGCUCCUGCCAUCACACUGCUGAUACGAGAAAAGAAUGAAAGUAAUAAGAGCAGUUUUGACAAAAUGAUUGAAGCCAUCAAAGAGAGUAAGAAUGGCAAGAAGAUUGGAGUAUUCAGCAAAGACAGAUUUCCUGGCGAGUUUAUGAAGAGCUGGAACGACUGCCUCAGCAAAGAGGGCUUUGACAAAGUAGAUAUCAGUGCGGUUGUGGCCUACACCAUUGCUGUCAAGGAGGAUGGGGAGCUCAACUUAAUGAAGAAAGCUGCCAGCAUCACUUCUGAAGUCUUUAACAAAUUCUUCAAGGAGAGAGUCAUGGAAAUAGUCGAUGCAGAUGAGAAAGUUCGGCAUAGCAAAUUGGCUGAGUCUGUGGAAAAGGCCAUUGAAGAGAAAAAGUAUCUAGCUGGGGCAGAUCCUUCCACUGUGGAAAUGUGUUAUCCUCCUAUUAUUCAGAGUGGUGGCAAUUAUAACCUUAAGUUCAGUGUGGUGAGUGAUAAGAAUCACAUGCACUUUGGAGCCAUCACUUGUGCCAUGGGCAUUCGCUUCAAAUCUUACUGUUCCAACCUUGUUCGCACGUUGAUGGUUGACCCUUCUCAGGAAGUUCAAGAAAAUUACAACUUUUUGAUCCAGCUUCAAGAGGAGAUGCUAAAAGAAUUAAGACAUGGUGUGAAGAUAUGUGAUGUGUAUAACGCUGUCAUGGAUGUGGUUAAAAAGCAGAAGCCGGAGCUAUUGAACAAAAUCACCAAAAACUUGGGGUUUGGAAUGGGAAUUGAAUUCCGUGAAGGAUCUUUAGUAAUUAAUAGUAAAAAUCAGUACAAACUAAAGAAAGGGAUGGUUUUCAGCAUCAAUUUGGGAUUCUCAGAUCUAUCCAACAAAGACGGGAAGAAACCAGAAGAGAAAACUUAUGCCCUAUUCAUUGGAGACACAGUCCUUGUGGAUGAGGAUGGACCGGCCACUGUUCUCACUUCGGUGAAGAAGAAAGUAAAGAAUAUGGGAAUUUUUCUGAAGAAUGAGGAUGAGGAAGAAGAGGAAGAGGAAAAAGAUGAAGCCGAGGACCUGCUAGGAAGAGGUUCUCGGGCAGCAUUACUUACGGAAAGAACCCGAAAUGAGAUGACGGCAGAAGAGAAGCGAAGAGCACAUCAAAAAGAAUUGGCAGCUCAACUUAAUGAGGAAGCCAAGAGACGACUGACUGAACAGAAAGGAGAACAACAGAUUCAGAAAGCUCGCAAAUCCAAUGUGUCCUAUAAAAAUCCGUCUUUGAUGCCUAAGGAGCCACAUAUUCGGGAAAUGAAGAUCUAUAUUGAUAAGAAAUAUGAGACUGUAAUAAUGCCUGUGUUUGGCAUUGCAACACCUUUUCAUAUUGCCACAAUCAAGAAUAUAAGUAUGUCCGUGGAAGGAGAUUACACUUACUUGCGAAUCAACUUCUAUUGCCCAGGCAGUGCUCUGGGCAGGAAUGAGGGCAACAUCUUUCCUAACCCAGAAGCCACGUUUGUCAAGGAAAUUACGUAUCGAGCUUCAAAUAUGAAGGCACCCGGAGAGCAGACAGUACCAGCCUUGAACCUUCAGAAUGCUUUCCGAAUUAUAAAAGAAGUACAGAAGCGCUAUAAGACGCGGGAAGCGGAAGAGAAAGAAAAGGAGGGUAUUGUGAAGCAAGACUCACUGGUGAUCAAUCUCAACCGAAGUAACCCCAAACUUAAAGAUCUGUACAUUCGUCCAAACAUUGCCCAAAAGAGAAUGCAGGGCUCCCUGGAAGCCCAUGUCAAUGGUUUUCGCUUUACAUCUGUUCGAGGAGACAAAGUGGAUAUUCUGUACAAUAACAUCAAGCAUGCUCUGUUCCAACCCUGUGAUGGAGAAAUGAUUAUUGUCCUGCACUUUCACCUCAAGAAUGCCAUCAUGUUUGGGAAGAAGAGACACACAGAUGUGCAGUUCUAUACAGAAGUGGGAGAGAUCACCACAGACUUGGGGAAACACCAGCAUAUGCAUGACCGAGAUGACCUCUAUGCUGAGCAGAUGGAACGAGAAAUGAGGCACAAACUGAAAACAGCCUUUAAAAAUUUCAUUGAAAAAGUAGAGGCUCUAACUAAGGAAGAACUGGAAUUUGAAGUGCCUUUUAGGGACUUGGGAUUUAAUGGAGCUCCCUAUAGGAGUACCUGCCUUCUUCAGCCCACUAGUAGUGCACUAGUAAAUGCUACGGAAUGGCCACCUUUUGUGGUGACAUUGGAUGAAGUGGAACUGAUUCACUUUGAGAGGGUCCAGUUUCACUUGAAGAACUUUGAUAUGGUCAUUGUCUACAAGGAUUACAGCAAGAAAGUGACUAUGAUCAAUGCCAUUCCUGUAGCCUCUCUUGAUCCCAUCAAGGAAUGGUUGAAUUCCUGUGACCUAAAGUACACAGAAGGAGUACAGUCACUCAACUGGACUAAGAUCAUGAAGACUAUUGUUGAUGACCCUGAAGGUUUCUUCGAACAAGGUGGCUGGUCUUUCCUGGAGCCUGAGGGUGAGGGUAGUGAUGCCGAGGACGGUGAUUCAGAGUCAGAAAUCGAAGAUGAAACUUUCAACCCUUCAGAAGAUGACUAUGAGGAGGAAGAGGAGGACAGUGAUGAAGACUAUUCAUCAGAAGCUGAAGAAUCAGACUACUCCAAGGAAUCAUUGGGCAGUGAAGAAGAGAGUGGAAAGGACUGGGAUGAGCUUGAAGAAGAAGCUCGGAAAGCGGACCGUGAAAGUCGUUAUGAGGAAGAAGAAGAGCGGAGUCGAAAUAUGAGCCGGAAGAGGAAGGCAUCAGUACACAGCUCAGGUCGUGGCUCUAACCGUGGUUCCAGACAUAGCUCUGCACCCCCCAAGAAAAAGAGGAAGUAACUUCUGAACUUUUGUCUUCAGCUCCAUUCUUCCUCCAGCCAACCCCUGAGAAUUUUACAUGACAUAGAAACUGUAUUUUUUCCCAUUUUUCUUUUGAAGUUUUGCCAUUUGUGUUAAUGGGUUUAGGGGGCCAUUCGUGUGGACCAAUCUUCUCGGGGAAUUCCAGGCCCACCAGGACACAGAGUGCCAAUGGCCCUAUCCAGAUGGCAAGGGAGGAGGUGUUUUUGAAGAAGGGCAGAGGCUUCCACUGUUAAUAAAUACCAUUUCAUUCCUCUCUCUUCCUGUCACCUUCUACAAGGACAUUGAUGGCUCCUGACAUCCUAAUCUUGGUGUCUUAAAGCUCUAUUUCCCAGAUAUUGGUACACGAUGACCAUUAAUUGCCUGUACCGUGUUUCUUGACCAGGAGAUUCAGUGCUCCAUCCUAACCUAUUGCCAUGACCUUCCUCACAUCUCUAAGUUCCACCUUUGCCAUACUCAAGAAAAGGUUCUUGGAAUUUGCUAAUGAUUGUGACAGACCAUGCAACUUGAGCUCAUGAGGCAGAUCCGGCUGAUUACCUCCGUCUGAGUUUUCCUGCUUUGUUUGUUUGUUUCUUGUUUUGUUUUGUUUUGUUUUUGCCUCAUGCAGACUGAGGUAUUUCUGCUUGGAAGACUUAAGAAGCAGUGACACUCCUUGGCGUGGCUUCAUCCUCCUUACAAAAUUCACACUUGGUACAGUUUAGAAACAUAAUUCCACUGUUUCUUUGCUGAUCUAUGAGGAAGAAUGCUAACGCCUCCUAUUCUUUUGCUAAUGAAAUAUAGAAAGAGGCACAAAGGAUCUGCAAUUAGAUUUGAAAGGGGCAAGUUAUGCCCCAGCUCUGAAAUACCCUGAUGAGAAGAGGAAGAGAGGCCACGUCUGUAGCACAGCCUCUGGUCACUGCUGCUCCUUAUUUUUACUUGUCUUGCAUUUUCCUGUAUUUAUCACAGUCUCUGUUGAACAGCUUUUCUAAGUAUUUGGGGAGUUUAUCUUGCCAUCCUCCCCUCUCCUAGUUCUCUGCAUCCACCUGUCCCACCGAAGUUCCUUCUGUGCUCUGUGACAUUAUGAGAGGAGGGGGGAGGGCCUCAGAUUUUAUUUGUUUUUCCUUCAUAGCAGUAGGACUUGGUAUUUUCAAUUUUGGAAGAACUAAAAAAUAAACUGUGGGGUGUUUUUUUUUUUUCCCCCUUUUCUUUUU